CACAUAUUUUCAUUCUGGAUUCCCAAAAGAGGACAUACUUGGACAUCUACAAGAUGGAUUUAGCGGAGACGAUGAAGAGUGUGUUGGCAAAGAGCACGGGCGGUUCGGGCAGCACGGCAAGCACGUCUAGCGCAGCGCCGCCACACGGCGGUGAAGGAUACGUCACGGAAAAGCUGUACAUGCUGUUACAGCUGUACCUACAGAAUAAAGGAUGGAGCAGUAUAGAACUUCUCCAAUGUUUCAGUGAUCUCAAAGAAUCGUCUAUGCUUCCCAGUGCAGCUUAUUUACAAAUGAUGGCAUCAAGAGUGGGCUUGGAUACACAAGGUAGACUGAUACUCCGUGAGAACGGCAAGAUAAUUCUCCCAUAUGAACACUUUGCUAAUGCUGUGAUGUUAAAACACAUGAAUGGUCCACAUGGACUUCAUCUUGGUUUGGAAGCUACAGUUAGAGCUGUUGUAGAAUCAUAUACAAUAGGCAGAGAGCAAUUUGGCAUGGAGAAGGAAUUUAUAGUGGAAGUAGUACAGAACUGCCCAAAUCCUGCAUGUCGGUAUUACAAAAACCAACUGGAGAUGACGCAGAAGUCCAUUCAACAGCAUUUGUCACAGCAGCCUACCUAUAUCCCAGACACAACGGGGGCAAAUCUGUCAGACACUCAGGCUGUGGAGCGGUUGUUACGCAGCACAGCGCUGGCUCAGGAUUACCAGCUGCCACUCGCGCCACACCUCGCCGCGCUUAGUGAGUUGCUCUCUGGUCUGACCUCGGACAAGAGCGACCGACGCGCACAGGAGAAACUUUCACACCAACAGCUCCUACUACAACAUCAGGGUCGUUCUCUCUCCCACCAAUCGACCCUCGACAAGUACGCCCACUCGCAGCGUACCUCUAGUUCAGCGCAAUCAACUCUCGACACAAAGACUUCCAAACAUCACUAUACUGAUGAACAUAAGUUGACUGAUUUUCUAAGAGCUAACCUGGAGAGUCUGGAGUCUCUAUCCGGCGGGGCUAGUGUAAGCGCCACCGCGGCUAGUGGGGGUACAUCGGGUGGAAGCGGUAGUGGGGGCGCAGGCGGACAGGAACGUGUAGUACGUGCCUUCGCGGAGUUGGCGCGUAACCUGCAGCGCAUGCGUCCUUGCGUACGCCCCGCCAUGUGCAAGCCCUACGGAAAGCAAAGCGAGCAGCUGCAAAAGAUUCUUCUGGACACAAUCCAGCUGGUACAGUCGCUGCGUAGCUAUCUGCCGCCGCCACACAUUCAAGUCACUUCGUGGAAGAACGAUGACAAGAUUCGUUCAAACAACAUGGAUGAGCUGGAGAACCGCAAGAUAGUGAGUGGGAACUAGCCCCUGGAUGUUCUCGCCGUCGACAGCUAAACGGCGCUACUACUCUCGUUUGCAAGUACACAAUUUAUACGACCAUUAUUAUUGACGUUAACAUGGAUUUUAAAAUAAUUUUUGUUGCACAACGAAAAAGGGAGCUCUGCUUCCCACGUUAUAUUUCGGCAGGGCCGAACUUUAACCAUAUACAGGUGUAGCAAUAAGUUCCGAUCACAUUAUACUACAACAAACAAGCAAAAAUUAAGCAUAAUUCAUCAAUAUAACAUAACAUUUUUGAUUUCCCACACAAAUGGCAGUGCAAUUUUAUUUUCCUAAAUUUGUUUCUUAUAUAAAGAAUACAACGUACAAGACAGCUGAAGUAUGGCCGGGUUUUUUGUUACACCUGUGUAUAAGAUCUUUCACGAAGCUUUAAAUAAUAUUCAGAAUACCAGUGAACGAGAGUACUACGGUACUAAUUUUUAUAGUCCAAGCUUCGGAGGUGUUAGAGAUAAGUUGACAUACAUUGUUGACUUAGUCUAAUAUGUUAUAUGAGCAUGACAUCAUAAUUUUGUCUAUGAUGAGGUAAUAAAAAUCUUAAAGAUAAAAUCUUAAUGGUUAUAUACAUAUAAAGUAAAAAUUCAUGUAAGUUAUAUUAUAUUUGAAUUAUCGGAUGUUUUUCUUGAAAACAUGUACAUGUCAGCACAUCGUAACCGUAUAAUUAAUUAAAAAUGAAUCUUAAU